CAGCCCCUGUUCCGCUUGUGCUGCGCUACUCCAAACCAAAAGUUGACCGAGUACUUUAUCGGGUGUUGUGUUAUAAUUGAAUAAUUCACUGGGUCAAAUGAGACUUUGGGGUUAUGAAUUUCCGGACCUCACGCCUCAAAUUGAACCCAUGACCAUAUAUGUUCAGAAUUUACCUGUAUUGGUUAAUAAAGAUGGGAUAGCGGAGAAGUUUGGUAUUGCACAAGACUGCAUCACCCUGAAGCGGAAGCCUGGCAAGAAGUCUGCCUCUGCCAUCAUUGUUCCCCCCAGCUGGAGUAGAAGUGAUUUAAUUUUAAGUGAUCCUGAUGCAGUGUUUGGGAAGCGGAAAGCAUUUGUGAGGCAAUCCUAUGACUCGGACACAUCACGACCCUCCUCAAAGCACUACAAGCCUCAUAAGCUGUUUAGUGAAGAGUUUGACUCGAGCCCUGCAUGCAAUGGACAGCCUACACUUCAUGUCCUCCAUGAUGAAGUCUUGCUUCAUAUUAUAAAAUAUUUAAAUGUUGUUGAAAAACUGAGGCUUGCAGCAGUGUGUCGACGCUUCCAGUCUCUGGUUUACCGCGAGCUGGGCCAGAAUAGCGUCAUAGACUUUACUGAUGAAGGCUGCGUCUGGCGGAGUGCUCACUCCAACCUCACCAAAUGCCGCAGCGAGUCGCCAGCCCAGCUCACGCAGGACCUUAAGCUCUGCACCUACAAGAUGCUUAUCAUGAACGCAGACCACCUCACUACUCUGAGACUUGACGAGUAUCGCUGCAUAUUUGAUGUCAACGUAUUUGCUGCUAUAGGUCGACUUGCUGUGAAUUUGGAGGAUUUAUGCCUGCAGUUCUCGUCAAAGAGAAUGCAUUACACGCCAAUGAAGGCCAUCUUCUCGCGCUGCACCAAACUCAGGACUUUCUGUGUCGAAGGCAGAUUCAACUCUGAAGAACUGCUGCGAGACUUGAAACAAUGCAAAUGUUUGGAAGUGUUGCGGCUGAGCAGUAUAUUUCAUCUGAACUGGGCUCUUCUAUGGAAGUUGAAAAGUCCUCUGAAAGAGCUGUCAAUCCACAACGUUAAAGCGUUAUGUAACUUGGGAGCAAUUGAAAGCUAUCCGGACUUAGCAUUCAACUCAAGCCUCACGACAUACCGCAUGUACAACAAUAUCUUGCAGCCACAUCCGAGGAAUGUGUGCCUCUGUCAUAUAUGUGGCCCUGUCAUCCAUGAAACUCUGUCAUCCAUGGCACGCAAGUGUCCUGCGCUGGCCCAUCUCCAGCUUGAUUGCUCCGAGUUUUACACGCCACCCAAUUUCAAGAUAUUCAAGAACUUGAAGGUGCUACACUUUAUUGUUUCUGACGACGAAGAAAUUGAGGUUCUUCUCAGAAGCGCUCUGCCUGACAUCGAGGAACUCUACAUCGAGUUCUCAACAAAGAAAGUAUAUAAUAUGCACGCCGGAAAUGAAGUCUUAACUAUAGAUUUUUCGCUGGCGCCGACAUCACUGACGUCCUUGACGCUGCCUUCCAUCGCUUUGGACGAUAACUCCUACAAGAGCCUCCUGCGCAUGCCUAAGCUGCGGCGAGUCUUUGUCAAAAGCAAGAAAUUCUCAAUGACUCAGCUUAAACUGCUCGUGGCCCACAUUCAGCUGGUCGAGAUAGGCGCCGCGAUGGUGUCCGUGGACCUCGCCGCGGCACAGGAGCUCGCUGCGCUACGCAGGAAGGCCCUGGCCGAGGGCAGGUUCAGGUUCCCCUCCCAGUGUCUCGACCACGACGAGCCCCUCGUGCUGCAUAUCAACUAUGCCCACCACGUAGCCUUCGCAGAUCCUCUCGUCAAAAUCAAAGACCACAAGCUGAACUCGUACAUUUACGAGGGCGUCGGGUCGUGUCGCUUUGACAACGAGUGGCUGGACUUCGGUCACGACUUCCUCCAGCAGGAGGCUGGCAAGGAUCUCCUGGACACUGAUGACGAGGACGUAUCGUACGAGGAUGAUGAUGACGAUGAUUUUGACGACUUCGCCUGGCUUUAUGAUGGACCACUCGACGAAGAUAUAUAGGACGAUUUACUCUACGGUGGCCAUCGUGAAUAUCAAGCCUCACAUGACAACUUGCCCAAACUUACGUAGUAACGUUUCUGAAAAAUAGAAUUUUUUUCAGUGUUGGAAAUAAUGGAAAGGGAUUUUUUUUCUGCGUCGACCCUGCAGCUACUCGUUAUGCUGGAAUCGGGAUAUAAUUUUGUUCUUACCAUCUAAUUUAUUGAACUUCGUUCCUGGUUAGGUUCAUACCGCCACUGCUUGAAUUUUUGGUUAAUCACUUCCAAAGAAAACAAGUUUUUUUUUCAGUCAGGUUUUGUUGACCAUCUCUUCCAGUGCUCACGUGUUCCGAGAAAGUUCUGUCGUAGAUGGAGAGCUUAAGAUGGCCCCGACAUUUCUUGAUGCAAUUUUGUGCUUUCAUGCUUACGCACUUCUUUAACAAAUAUUUUUGUAUCUAAUAAAGAUUAUUUUAAUUUAAU